AUGCCUAUCAUCAUCUUAUUCAAACCUCAAAUCUACCUAAUCUCAUUCAACUUUGGAAUCAUUCUCUGCAACAAGACCAACAGGAAGGAGGAAUUCAAUUACCAUCUUAUUCUACUCAAAAUCUCAUUCAAUCCUUAUAUUCAUCAAGAAUCAAUCUCUUCUCAUUCACCAUCAUCAACAUCUUCAGUCUCCUGUAACUCUACUCGUUUCUUCGGCUCUACCAUCAAAUCCUUUCUCAUUGCUUUGGUCUUCAGUCUCAUCGUUCGAAUCAAUGGUUUAUCUCAUCUCAAGCUAUCAAGUCUUGAAACAGGUGCAUCUGUCUUCACCUUUCUAUCAUGCUUUUACGUGAUUUCAAGACUCGCAAGGAGAGGUUUUACCCUAGGAGAAACUUCUAUCUUUGCCUCUACUGCUGUAGCCUUUACACUUGAAAUAUUCAGAUUAACAAUCUCUAGAAUCAAGUAUCGCACUUUUGUGGACUCAAUCACUUCAUCAACUAUACCAACCAAUCAAACCCUUCCGCUUGAUCUCUUACCCGGUCUCUUUCGGUUCCCUACUUCCUUGAUUGCCAUUCAACAUGUCUUUAUCUCUGCAAGCUUUUUGAUAGGCUUUUCACUUUCUCCAUUGUUAAUCUGGUCACGUAGAUUAGGUCAACAACCUACCAAAAGACUUCGUCCUACUCGAUUACAACCUUCAACUCUACACCCACCCAUUCCAUCACCCCUACCACCACCCACCACAAACACAUCUUCACCCGCAUUGAUCAAUAGCUUAGCUAGAGAUGCAUAUUAUCAUCAAUUUUCGAAUCCAGCUGGUCAUUAUAAUCAUAAAGAACAUGCAAAUCAAUCCAAAGAUCGAAUGAGAAAGAUCCUUUCACUUUCAAUCUAUCUUGGUAUCAUUUACUUUGGCUGGCUUCUUUUGAGAGGUUGGUUAGGAUGGUUAUUUAAUUUGAAUCAAUCUACUUCUUUAUCAGCAUCCAAUUCAUUCAGUGAGAAAUUCUUGGGAAACGGAUUGAAUUGGUUCUUGAGUUUUUGUUUUGUUGAUUGGAAAAGAUUGGCUAUCAUGGGAUAUUGGAUCAGUUGUUUGAUCAUUGGAAUUGGUGGUUGGACAACUUAUUUAAUUAAAAAGAAACGAAACCAACGUAAAGAAACCGAUCCACAUCGUCAUCAUCACCAUCAUCAUCAUCCACAACAUCAUUAUGUAAAAGAUUAUGUAUUAUUAAAAAGGUUUAGGUUUCAAGAAUUAACUGUGACUUGGGUUUGUAUAAGAUUAUUUAAAUUGAUGAAAAACCUGUUUGAAUCAAGUUGGUGGACAACUUCUUUGAAUCCUCCUAAUCUUUCUAAACCUUCAAAACUCAAUCUUCAAAUCGAUCCUUCAGAUCAAUAUCAUCCUUUAAAUCUCAAUCAGUCUAAUUCGUCUAAUUCGGUUUCUCUCGAAAAGAAAGCCGUCGGAAACGGAUUGAAUUUUAGACGAAAGUUUUUUCAUGGGUUGUCUUGUUUGAUGUUUAUUCCUGCGAUCUUGAUUGAUCCUGGAUUCACUUCUUUAGCUUUCACAGUCGCGUUUGUUGGAUUCACUCUAUUAGAGUUUUUAAGGUACUUUGCAGUUUACCCAAUCGGCGUGUCAAUCCAUUUAUUCUUUAAUGAAUUUAUUGAUUCAAAAGAUUCAGGUCCGGUGAUCUUGAGUCAUUUUUACCUUUUAACGGCUUGUUCUACGGGACUUUGGUUAGAAGGAAACCGUCUAGGAUCUUUGAUUGGAGUCUUUGUGGUGGGUUGGUCUGAUGCUUGGGCUUCGAUUAUUGGUAGAAGAUGGGGUAAAGGUAGGGAUUGGUAUUGUAAUCGAUCGAAAACUGUUGAAGGUACUUUGGGGUUUAUUGGAAGUUUGGUUUGGAUCGGAUUGGUUUUUAGAUACUUUAAUUUAGUGGAACAAUUUUCGAUUUUAAAAUUUAUUAUGGGUUCUAGUUUAGUAGGAAGCUUAGAAGCUUUUACAAACCAAAAUGAUAAUUUAAUUGUACCUUUAUUUGCUUGGUCUAUUUUUGAAUUAUUAGAUCUUUAA